AAAUGGAUUUAAAUUUAUUUUAUUUUUGAUUUUGAAUAAGAUUAUCCACUUCCUGAACAUUUUUUAAAACUGUUAAUAAAAUGGACUUAGCUGUACUUAAUACUGAGACAACUCUAAAGUUAUCUUCUAAAGGAAAAUAUAUGAUUUACUUGACCGGUGGCCUUGCAGUAGGUGUUAGCGUAAUAUGUAUACCUUUCGUUUCACCAGCAUUGAGAAGAGUAUGCUUGCCUUAUGUCCCAGCUACCACCGAGCAAUUAGUUGGGGUUACUAAAGCUUUAGUUGGUAGAAGUGGACGCUUACUGGACGUAGGAUCUGGAGAUGGUAGAAUAGUGUUCACAGCUGCGAAACUGGGCUUUCAAGCAGAAGGAGUAGAAUUAAACUCUAUAUUGGUGUAUUACUCAAGAUUAGCGGCUUUGUUUAGUCAGCAUAUGAAUACAAAGUUUUAUAGAAAGGAUCUGUGGACAUUCAACCUUAAGCCAUAUCAAAAUAUUGUGAUAUUUGGUGUUGAACAAAUGAUGACUGAAUUUGAAAGUAAGUUACUAAAAGAAGUCAAUAAUGGUACAGUUGUGGUUGCUUGUAGGUUCCCAUUGCCUAAUAUGACACCUAUAGAGACAAUAGGGCAUGGAGUUGAUACAGUAUGGAAGUAUGUAAUUAAAAAAUAA